CAUUAAUCGAGCUGUCUUGGUCAGAUUGGAAAGAAGAAUCUCUUGAUCAAUAGUUCUUACGCUGAACCUCUCUCUAAGGAAGAAGAAGAAGAAAGAAAGAAUGAACGUCGAAGAAGAGAUUCAGAAACUGGAAGAAGAGAUCCAUCGUCUUGGUUCUCGUCAGCCCGAUGGCUCUUACAAGGUGACGUUUGGAGUCUUGUUCAAUGACGACCGAUGUGCCAACAUCUUCGAAGCAUUGGUUGGGACAUUGAGAGCCGCCAAGAAACGCAAAAUUGUGGCUUUCGACGGUGAACUCUUGCUUCAAGGUGUUCACGACAAGGUUGAGAUCACUCUCCGACCAACACCACAGCCACCGCAACCUGCUUCUGCCUCCUCCUCCUCCUAAGUUUCCCAUUUCUGCUUUUCAAUCUUUAUAUCCUCUCUCUGUGUGUGUGUGAUAAAAUGAUAAACUCCAGGACCAAUGAUUUCCUUUGCUUCUCUAUUGGAAUCACGUAUAAAGCUUGAGCUGUUUUUCA